AUGUCCAGCUCAUCCGACUUCCACGAUUUUGGCAGCGUCAGUGGUCGGACUUGCUCUGGUCGGCGUGGAUCUGAUGCGUCUACUCGUCGGUACGACAUGGUGUGUGCUGCUUGUGGAAUUUGUACUUUGAUGGUGAGCAGCGAUAGCUACGAGAUUGGUCUGAGCGCGUUCCGGAUUGAGGUUGGACGGAACUUUGACUCGGAAUUCGGAAAUCCAGUACCGCGCAGCCACGUGGGAACACAGAAAUGGCGGGACAGCCGAUCGAAGAUUUUUCCCGAUUUGCCGUGGUCAAGCCGUGCCAUUGAGAAGCAAACGAGAACAACACUUUUGCGUUCUUCUACUUUGUCCUCCAGCUUCCUGGAGCUCCCUGACACCCUAUCAAGCUCGAAACCAUGUCACAGAGAGGCGCCGUAA